AUGCAAAUCUUUGUUAAGACCUUGACUAAAAGACAAUUACACUUGAUUUUGAAUCUUCAGACACUAUUGACAAUAUCAAGGCUAAAAUCCAGGACAAAGAAGGAAUUUCUCCAGAUCAGCAAGGAUUCAUUUUCGCUGGGAAACAACUGUAAGAUGGAAGAACUCUUGCUGACUAUUUUAGAUAUUUUACACUGCAAGGGAAACGAUUCCAUUUAA